AACAACACUAAGUAGGCGGGACUUCCCUUCAGUUUCAGCGUCGAGGCCUCACUCAGUUGAAGGGCACACGUCUCUCUAUUUUCUCAAGGAUUGUGUGCUAGAGGAUUAAUAACAUCCAUCAUGGGAGGUCAUGACAGCGGCUCGCAUCCCCAGUUCACUGGACUUGCAAAGUACUUCAACUCAUACACCAUCAUAGGCAGGAGAAAUUGUGUUCUAGCCACAUAUGCCUCCCUACUCGCUAUUGGCCUUUUCUUCAAAUUGAAGCCCAAGAAACAAGCCGCCGUCACUGAAAAGUAGUAUCUUGACCAUGUCUGACUGCUGGGAGUGGAGAAGGCAUCUGGGUGUACUUGUAAUAAAAUAACUGUUUGGUUUCCUUAUGUUGACAAUAAAGAUCAUUUAUGGCCAAAACAUAAAAAA